GAAGGCAGACAGAACUAGCGGAGGCCAAAGGCUUUUUCUUAUCGGCGCGGGCUGGAGGAAAACAGUCGAACACCUGGCAGGCUUUCCUCUUCUCAUGCCGCCGGCGCUCCACCUCCGCCCUUGCCUCCAUCGCCUACCAACCGACUUCCCUGACCCCAACUCCAACGGAAGGAGAUGCCUCCAAAGAGCUCGGGUUCCACAAAGAAGAAGCUACGCGAACGCCUCUUCUCCUCUCCUCUCGUCUUCUUCUCUCCUACAACCCUCUUCCCUUAGAAGCAAGUGUCCUUUCAUGUAUGCGGUCCUCGGCGCUGGCUUCGCUGGACUAUCCGUGGUUUGGCAUCUUCUGAAGCAUGGUCCGAAGGAGUCUCCUAUGCGCAUAGAUAUUUAUGACGAAGUUGGGAUAGGUGGCGGUGCAUCCGGUGUUUCUGGAGGACUGCUUCAUCCCUACUCCCCUAAAGCUAAGCUCCUAUGGAGAGGCUCCGAAUGCUGGAAAGAGUGCUUGGAACUGUCAACUAUUGCAGAAAGAACGAUGGAUGCCGGAGCCUCAAAUGGGAUGAUUCAAGAUCCAUCAUGCGUAUUUGACGAAACGAUGAUUUGGAGAAGGCAGUUGUCUCUUCCUUAAAGAUUUUACUUUAGGUUUUGGUGAAGGAUUUAUAGUAUUGGGUUUAAGUAUGACAUAUUGGUAUUCUAUUAUAACUAGUGUUUGUUCUACCAUGUAUUUGUAUGUUCAGAGAUGCAAGGAUUGGACAGAUGUUUAGAAAUUUGGUAAUACAUGGUUACAUUAGGGAGUAGGUGCAGGGUUUUAGUAUCCUGAUUGCUAUAAUAAUAUUUGAGCUGAUCAACUAUUUUCUAUACUGACCUGCACCAUCUCAUAACUGCUACAGAUGCUCAAAUGCUUUAGCUUUCCUAGAUCUUCGCAGCCAAUGCUUGUUUGAUUGUUGCAUUUCAGGGGAAUAUUAAGGCCUGCAACAUCAGAGAAGAAUAUGGAGAUUUUGAAAGAGUGAUUAGAAUGCCCAAAAUUGCCUCAAGAGUUGCAAUCUAGAAGUUCUAGAUAGGAAUGCUGCUCAGUGUCUUAUACCUGAUUUAUGUGUGCCAUUCAACUUUGCUGUUUAUAUGCCCCUAGCUAUGAACAUCCAUCCCAAGAGAUAUCUUGAGGCACUGUUUUUAGCAUGCCAUCAUCUAGCAGAUGAGGAAUCUAUAUCAGGUUCUGAAGAAAGAGAGAUAAAUCUGUUCAAGGAACCCGUCAGCAGUCUUCGUGGACUAUCAGAGGCAUAUGAUGCAGUGAUCAUCUGCCUUGGUGCUAAAGCGGACUUGCUUCCCGAGCUCUCAGGAAAGCUCCCUCUAAGGACAUGCAGAGGUGUUGUUGCAGAGCUCCAAUUGCCUACUGAUAUGGGAGGAGUAUAUGGUGACCAGAGCCCCUCCAUACUAUCUGAUUCAUGGCUUGCUUUCCAAGGGCCACGGAGUGUGUUUAUGGGGUCAACAUGGGAGUGGAGGUCUAAGAAUUAUGCGUCAAAUGUCUCCGAAGAAGAAGCUUCAAGAGCAAUGGAAGAACUUCUGCCGAAAGCUUCUGCUGUUUAUCCAGCUAUAAAGAAAUGGACCUUCGUUGGAGCAAGGGCAGGUCUGAGGGCCAUGCCGCCAUUGACUCCUCAGGGAUCACUGCCACUUUUGGGUUGUGUGAAUGACGCCAUUGGAACAAGGGGCAGGUGUAUGUAUUGGCUAGUUGGAGGCCUUGGUUCUAGGGGGCUUCUUUACCAUGGUUUGGUAGGGAAAUUGAUAGCCCAAGCCGCGAUCUCUUCUGAUGAGAAGGUUCUCCCUCUGGAAUUCACUUCAUGGAAGAAGACGCUUUAGAAAGAACUACUUAGUGGUGUUUUCUGAAUGUACGGAAAAACAUGGGAAAGUUGCCUGAAUUCCAAGUUUUGUUGGGAUGAAUCCUUUAUUGCGUGCAUCAUCUGAUAAAUUGCCUUUUUUUUUUGUUCUCUCUUAAGUGAUGGUACCUAAAUUAACAUUACUUAUCUGCAGAGCUGGUUAUGCUCGAUGUCAAUGCGAAUGAAGCUUAGAAUGAUAAAGUUGGUGUAUGAAUAAGAUGACUGGCUCAGUUUGGAACAAAGUUUAUAUUCAGAUGCAGAAGAAAACAUUGUAUGUUUAGCUUGUAUGCAGUAUUUUUUUUUUUUCCAUAAAGAAUGAAGCUUGUGUUUUGCACAAAAUGUAAAUUAGUUAUAUUU